AUGAAUGAUAUUGAAACUUUCAAGCCUCUUCUUGCAGUUGGAAUGCAAUAUAUUAGGGAAGUUGCGCCACGUGCAAGUGCAGAGGAUCUUAACAGAAUCAAAGUUGUGUUUGAUGACUUCAUCGAAGGGAAAGUAUCUCAUGAUGACGCUGUGAACUCCUUCAAAGAAAUUAUCGGUACGAUUCAUCCAUUAGAAAAAAUUAAUGCGGUUUUACAAGUAGAUGACACUCCAAUUCCACCUCCAUCAGAAACGUCAAAUCAAUUUUCUUCAUUAUAUAAUUACCAAAAUCAAUCAAGAAAGAAAACACAUCCUUGGACCGAACUUGAAGACCAGCGCCUUCUUAGCGGUAUCCAUAAAUUUGGUUUGGAUAACUGGGCUGCUGUUUGUGCUCAUGUUGGCAAUGCGCGAACAAGGGCCCAAUGUUCUCAGAGGUGGUUUAGAGGCUUAGAUCCACGUAUAUCUAAAGUCCUUUGGACUCCUGAAGAGGAUGCAAAGCUUAUUGAGUUAGUUGAAAAACAUGGAGAUCGUUGCUGGACAAAAAUAGCUGCCGAACUUGGUAAUAGAAGUGACGCUCAGUGCAGAUAUCAUUAUAGACAGUUAACAAAAGAAAAAGAUGACGAUAAUUCUGUUGGUUUUAUUCCAAAUGGCGGAAAACUUAAUCCUGUAUACUCAGCACCUAAUAGUCAAUUCAAACAGCAGUUACAACCUCUUGUUCCUUCACAAUCGUUGCUUACUAUUACUAAUUUCCCCAGAAAGAUCCCGCCAAUUGAUAGCUUUGUAGAAGAUAUACAGAAACUUCCUCGACAUUUACGUUUCGAUUUCCCUGCGAUGCCAGUACUCGCACCUCAACCACCUGUACAGCCUGAAGAAACUGGAUUAUAA